AUGCCUAUACGGAGUCAUAGAUUGUGGAAAGAAGGUGAUUCUCAUUUAAUAACUCGUCGACUCAACUGGACGGUGACUCACACGCACACAAGCGCCUGCCAUUCGCUGACCCUACCGCGCCGUGCUCGAAACGUGCCUGAGGGUGCCGAUGAGCCUGAAUUCCCCAUUCUACGUGGAGCUAUCCCUAUGUUUCCGGCACCACCGGUACGCGCUGCAAAUCCACCGCCACCACGGAAUUUUCGGCGGAAUUCCGCAAGACUUCGAGCCGAAUCCCCAGACACCGCCAUCGAGUACGAUCAAAAGGAGCUGGAUGCACUGAAACGAAUGCGAGAAGUAGCCGAACGACAAAUAAAAGGGCUAUCUCUCAUAAAUGACAUGCGGAAAGACACUUCAUUCGUUGUGGUUGAUGAUGAUGUACGUGCUGUACGUGAAGCAGAAGAACGAUAUUUAAUUAAGGAAUUAGACGCUCAUCUAAAAGCCAUUGACGAAGGAAGAAUUAACCGUCCCGCUAUGUUACUGAUAAUGUCACCAUUAUGCAAUUAUAUAGACCGACUUGAGAUUGAAGUGAAGAAUACCAGAAAUCUUCUCUCCGACAUUAAAAAUCGUCAAGCCGACCUGGCUGCCGAAUUGGAACAUGUUGAAAGUAUUUUUCGCAUUUUAGAAAGGGAUUCAUCACAAAAUAAUGAUCAAACUAAGAGCUGA